CGAAUUUGAACAACACAACGCGCGCGCCUGGCCAUCGCUUCGUCCCCAUAUUCGUUCCUUCAUUCAACGUCGUUCGUCACAUACCAUCGUGCGUGGCACUCGGUGCGUCCCAAGCAAUCGAACCAGCUUACACUCCCACCUAUCUUCGCAUACAUCACACUCACUCCUCAUCGUCAAAGCGCACAAUCGUAGCAUGGUCAAGGACAGCACCCGGAGCUCGCCGAGGAGCGCUCGUCGAUCCCUUGCGGGAACGAGCAGCAGCAAUGGCACGAGCUUUGCGACUUCACAGCAGAGCAAGCCCAAGCUGGCUCGACGGCCUCACAGCGUGGGUGGCAAACAGCUCGCGUCGAUGAUCGAGGAUGCUCAGAGAGAGGAGAGGGAGGAGGCCGCUCCUCCAAGUCGUCGCAAUGUGCCUGCUCCACGCAAGUCGGCCAUCCGCAGUCGUGCACCCCAAGUCUUUGCCAGUCCCACUGGGGUCGUCCCCUCACCUGCCGUUCAGCGCUUGCGGGGCAACAUCACCAUGCCGCUCCAAGCGACGGGCAUGAUGAACUCCAUCAGCAACGUCAUAUCCGCUUUCACCGGACGAAAUGAUGAAGGCGAGAAGCAGCCCUUCGAGCGGUCCAGCUCGGUGCCGAACAUUGCGCCGGCAAAGAACUCUGCUGGCUUGGCGGACAAUCGCGAGAACAACAGACCCAGCGAUUCAUCCGAUCCCACCGCUACGCAAGUCCGUCAACGCAGAGUCACGUUCAGCAAGACGAGGUCGAGGACAGAUUACGAGCGUGACGAGCCUACGAUGCGCAUUCAGCCUGCUGGCAUGGACGCUGCAGAGCUCCACGACGUGACAGCGUCCAGCGUAUCCCGUGGAGGAUCGAGCUUGGAUAUGUCCAGCUCCAUGGACGAUUCCGCCGAUGCCACAGAGUUCCUGAAUCGUAGCAGCAGCGCGCGCAGUAGGGCAGAUGAUAGCAACAUGGACAUUUCUCACAGCACCGCUUCGGCUUCCGGCCCAACACCCCAAGCUGAACAAGGCCAGGUCAGCUCGUUCAAUAGAAGGAGGAGAGACUCUGGUAUCCCGCAAGCCAUGCCCAUCGACGAGGACGACGAAGACGAGUCUAUGGACGAGUCGAUGGACGAUUCGAUGAACUUGACUCAAGCUACCAAGAAUGUCCAGCCCGACGACCGCACUCAGACCAUGGAGAUCACGCAGGCGUUUGGGUUGAUCAAAGGCGCUCAGAGCGAAGACGAUGUCAGUGUCGAGAUGGCGCAAGAGGCUUCCUCGAGCGUCGACGACAGCAUGGACGUCAGCCAAGAGGCGGCCCUUGCAGAGGCUGACGGGAGCGACAUGCAAAUCACGCAAGCUAUCGAUCAGCAGCGCGUGCCGCGGACGAGCGUUUCUAGACGUAAAAGCUCGCGACCUAGCGCAUCCUCGCGCUCUUCUUCCGCAGCUACCAAUCAAGGCAGAAAGAGCUCGCGCAAAAGCACUGCCUCCGGACAUGCAGACGGAUCCAUGACCAUGGAGAUGUCGCGUGGAGAAGAUGGCACGAUGGCAGAUGACAGCAUCGAUGAUAGCAUGGCUCAGGAUCAAUUGGCGAUGGCUGGCGUUCAGGGCGACUUGCCCGGCGACGAGCUUGCCGCGGCGCAGGAAGAUGUCGCGAUCAGCAAUAACAAGCGCAGAAUCUCUACAAUCCAGGAGGAAGACGAGUCGACCAAGAGACAAGCGGGUCGGCUUGACUCCCCUGCCAAACGCACUGAGCCAAAAGCCGCGCCGUCGACCCCGUCCAGGGCUCCUCAACCCUCUUUUGGUACACCCUCGCGGCUGCGAGCGACGCUGCAAGGCCAGCAGGACGGCGGAUCAGUGGCUAGAUCGCCUGCUAGAAGGGUCGUCGUAUCUGGACUUGCGAGCGAAGGGCAGGCACCCUCCGAAGCUAAAGCAUCAGCGCACCCAGGUGUUGCGGGAGCUGCUCGGGAGCCACGCGCCCUAGGCGCACCGGUUCGUAAAGGAAUUGCAAAUGCUCGACCGUCCGUCGGUCUCCGUCCUCGACACAGCUUCGCCAUUACUCAGAACUACGACAAGGCAGACACCUCUGCAUCCUCGUCCGUCUCUUUCCAGAGUGGGCCUUCCGAUAUGGACGAGCCGCAUCGCAAGGUUUCCAUGUCAGAAUUCUUUGCUCAGCUUGGCAUCACGUUCCAUGAUAGCGUACCUUCGGCAAGUAGACGCCAGGUCGAGCCGGAAGAACAGAAGUUGGAGAGCGAUGUGCAGCCAGAAAUGAUGCGCUAUGCUAGCGUCGCUGCAGGCGCCGUUCCGAUGCUCGAGAGUCUCGUAUCGGCUUGCAAUGACCUCGAGGCACACGUUGCGAAAGGUCGUGCCGAGCUUGAGCGCAAGGAGAGCGCCUUCACGCGCAAUCCUCCGCCAUUUGUCGCGGAGAUGUUGAGCGAGAAUAACUCUGAGCGCAAGGACGCUGAGGCUCAGUGCCGCUUGCAAAAAGCAGCUGCUCGGGCAUUGACGCUGGAAAAGUACUACGGCUGGCGUCUGGACAAUCAAUUCGGAGCUGAGAACGUCCAGCAUUUGCAGUCGAUCUAUGCCCGCCUCGCAGUGGACUCUGAGGUUGUGCACCGUGAAAACACGCAAAUGGCCACGCACACGUUGCCCACGCUUCGAGAGCGUCGAGCAGCCCUGCAAGAAGAGUUGGAUCGCGAAGAGCAGCGCAGAGAGCUCAUCGCCCAAGCUGACCCGACUGAGCUGCGCGGCUACCAUGACAGCAUCACGGAGCAAGGUGUACAACUGGAGAGCAUGCGGGCGCGCAAUGCAGAGCUUGAAGGCGAGCUAUCGCGCUUAGAGUCGCGUCUCCAGGAGUUUGCGACCAAGCGGCAAGCCACCGAGGAAGCGAUUAGCGCGGCCAAAGCCAAGUACGAGCAAAUCAAGGGUUUCACCACUUCCGAAGCGGCUCGUCUGCUUCGAGAGGUGAAAAAUCUGGAAGCGCUUCAUUUGUGGAGCUUCAAAGGACAAGAAGAGGAUGGAAGAGUGUACAUGUGCCACGAUGAUGCGGUCGACGUCACGCUGCUGCUCAAUGCGGUCGGCGAGGUUGAAGAGGUUGACGUUGCUCCUGUGUUUGGGCUGGACGCUGCAUAUAUUCCUGCUUGGGCAAUCUCAGCCAUGGCAUCGGAAGCAAAGGCGAGCCCGUCGAAAGAUGUGACCAUGGUGCUCCGCCGCAUCGCGAGGGUCUGGGCCAGAUCUCGCUCGGUACGAACUGCGUACGAGCAUCUUCGUGCACGCUUCCCUGCUAGCAUGGCCACCACGGAAGCAUCGGACAAGAUCAUCCUGGGUGCGCAGGUGCUUCUUACAAGGCAGCGCACGAAGCUCAACAUCGAAGCUGAAUACUCUACCAAGGAUCUGCUGGCUUCUGAGCACGCUUUGAACACGACGUGCAAGAUCAAUGUCGAGUGUGUCUAUGGAAAUGCAGAUCUGGCGGCCAUCUGCGACUCGCUCUCCAGUCAUCUGCGCAAAGCACCUGGAGCAGAGGGCCUCGCCUCAUCUUGCUCGGAAACCAUCGCAGCUUUUUCGUGAGCGGGGCAAGGGCCUACUUUGCGCGCCCUACCGUACCUACCACUCUCAUGUUGUACACAAGACCCUCUAUGACGCCAUGCAUUUAAUCAGCGGACGAGCUUGGGCUGCAUUGCCCACUAAUGCCGUCUUUGCACUGCUUGUUGUCUUCGCCUACGACGCCUAGCGCGGUCGUCUUGCGUUCCUCGACGGCAAAGUGAGUGGAGACGGAGUUGGCCGUCCACGCAUAUCGUCUAUUACGACUGCGCAGACUUCCGAGCAAAUCCUACACGCCAAUCUCGAAAAUCAAUCAGAUUCACGCUUG